UUAUAUUACCAUAAUUUUGAAACAGUUUUAGACGUAGGCCUGGACGCUGAAGAUGGGAUACUAUGAGCGAGACGAGAGACCGCGAUACCCGAGGUCUGUGAUAUGGAUUAUAGCUGCUGUGCUGUUGUUUAUUGCCCUCGUGCUGCACGUGGUAGGGGUUGCUACUGACUACUGGGUGAAUGUCCUUGGCAUCCAUAGCGGGCUGUGGCGAACCUGUGCUCUUGGAACGUGCGCCUACGCGGGUACCGAUGUAACAACAGACUGGCUCAAGGGGACCCAGGCUGUUGAGAUUAUCGGCCUGCUGCUCGGGUUUAUCGCGCUCCUCGCUAUCAGUGUCAUCCUCUGUUUCCCGAAACUCUACCGAUGGAGGGCAAUCGCGCUCGUCAGCGCUCUACUCGCAGGCGUAUUGAUAAUCGUGGGUGUGAUCAUCUACGGGGCGAAGGUUGAGGACAACUUGGACUACUCAUUCGGCCUGUGUUGCUGUGCCGGCGUUCUUUUUCUCAUCGCCGGUGCCAUCCUCUGCUGUGACUACUGCUUCUACCGGGGACACCGCCGACCAAAGGAUCGUAGUCGUACGGAAUACUAUUCGUCAGAUUAUCCACGCGAAUUGAGAGCACCAGCUUACGACGACCGCCGUUACCCCAGAAGGGAGUAUACUGAAGAUAAUCCAUACCGAUAUGAACGUAGGAACGAACACGAUAGGUACGAAUCACCGUUGUACGAAAGGAAUGCAUAUGAUGGGCCUUACCGCGGGUACGACCGCCCAUAUGGAAAGACGUACAAGGAAUAUGACCCGAUCGAUCGGCCGUACGGACGGACGUACAGGGACAACGAACCAAACUAUUACAGCAAAACAAGGCGAUACGAUUAUUAUUAAAUGAAAGACCGCCCUCCCACGCUCUCUCUAGUAUUAAUAAAGUUUGCUUUCGACGAACUUCGUAUGCAUUUUCGAUUCAGCAUAGUAUAACAUGGACAAUACAAAUACUAUUGUCUAUCCCGCUCCACCAUUAAAAUUGUGAAAUUGUCAUCGGCUUAGAAAUCAGAAAGACAAUUGAUCUUACUUCUAAAAAUAUAAUAUAAUCUUGCUAUAUGUAUAUUAAACCAAUGUUAAAAAGUUCAUUCAUGUUUCAUGAACUUGUUGAUUAUCCACCUUUGGUGCUAAUUUCUCCCAGAUUGUUGAAAACAUGGACGACAAUCUCAUCGCUCAGUGUUUUUGUGUAAAUUGCAUUCUCUUUACUCCGAGAAGUUAUCCACAUCAGCAGUACAAUGUGAGACUGUAUAAUUCAUACGGCUCGACACACCAGAAUGAUCAUAUAUGAUCCAGUGAAUAGUUUGCCCAUGCUAUAUCAAUUAUUUACAUUAUUAAAUAUAGUGUAUACUGAAUUUAUAAUCAUGUAAUUUGCUAUAUUAUAUGUCAUACUUUCAUGUUUAUGUUUAAAUUUAGGUUUAGUUUGUAUUGUUUCAAAAUAUACAGUUGACAAAUAAUUUUUUUUUAUAUUA